AUGUCAUUCUUCGCCGUCUCCCAGACACGCUACAUCGCCGUCGUUGGCACUGCUGUUCUCCUCCUCCUCGGUCUCUCCCUCACACUCACAUCGCGAAGCCUAAAUUAUGGCUAUUCGGCACCAGGCAUCCAAUCCGCGAUCAAAGCAAACAACUCUAUCCCCGGGUCGACCUUUCCGCAGAAAAUAUGGCAAACAGGACCACCAGCCGAACGGCUAGAUCCGAACCUAGUCGCAUUGAUGCACACAUGGGAAAAGCUCAACCCGGAGCACGAAUACACCUUCCUCGACGAUGAUGCCGCUCUAGCCUAUGUUUCCGAUCGAUUUUCGGAAUAUCACCCGGAGCUCGUCGCCCUGUACAACGACCUCGACGACGUGAUUCUCCGCGCCGAUCUGCUGCGGCUGUUGUGCAUGUGGGCUGAUGGCGGCGUAUACAGCGACAUCGAUACCGAAUGUCUUGUCCCUAUCGACCGUUGGCUACCAUCGCCGUAUGUUGAGACGGCAUCCCUUGUCAUCGGCAUUGUCGCCGAUCUGCCUGAGAACCCCGUUGAGAAUCGGCGAUCUGAAAUUGUGCAGUGGACUUUCCUGUCCAAACCGGCGGCAAAAUACACAGUAAAGUUAGUUGAGGAGGUAGUGUCCAAUCUGCGAAAGUAUGCAGAAGAGAAGAAUGCGAGCAUUGGUGAAAUCGGAAAAAUUAUGAGCGUUGGAGAUGUAAUGCGAAUCACAGGCCCGAUUGGCGUCACAUGGGCCCUCUAUGACGCCCUACGAUAUCAUCUACGCGCUCCCUUUGAGUGGUACAAUGUGACCGGUCUCAGAGAACCAAAGCUGGUGGACGACGUGCUCUUCUUGCCGAUCAAUGCUUUUGGAAGUAACCAGCAACACAGCCACUCGGGCGAGGUAGGCUAUGGUCCUAUCUUCCUCAAACAUCACUUUUCAGGCAGCUGGCACAACAACAAAAAUGGAUAG